AGAUAUAGGGUGAUAUCUGGGAGUCAUGGUGGAAUAUCUAAAGCUUUUUUAAGGAUGGAGGUGCCACCUCUCAGAUUGGCUAAAAUGACAGGAAAUAUAAUGAAUGUUGGAGGGGAUGCAGGAAAACUGGGACACUGAUGCAUUGUUGGUGGAAUUGUGAGCACAUCCAACCAUUCUGGAGAGCAAUCUGGAAUUAUGCUCAAAAAGUUAUCAAACUGUGCAUCCCCUUUGAUCCAGCAAUGUUACUACUGGGCUUAUACCCCAAAGAAAUACUAAAGAAGGGAAAGGGACCUGUAUGUGCCAAAAUGUUUGUGGCAGCCCUGUUUGUAGUGGCUAGAAACUGGAAAUUGAAUGGAUGCCCAUCAAUUGGAGAAUGGUUGGGUAAAUUGUGGCAUAUGAAUGUUAUGGAAUAUUAUUGUUCUGUAAGGAAUGACCAGCAGGAUGAAUACAGAGAGGACUGGUGAGACUUACAUGAACUGAUGCUAAGUGAAAUGAGCAGAACGAGGAGCCCAUUGUACAGGGCAACAACAAGAUUAUACAAAGAUCAAUUCUGAUGGACACGGCUUUCUUUAACAAAGAGAUGAUUCAGAACAGUUCCAAUGGUCUUGUGACCAAAAGAGCCUACACCCAGAGAGAGCACUGUGGAAACUGAGUGGGGUUCACAACAUAGCGUUCUCACUCUUUUUUGUUGUUUGCUUGAAUUUUAUUUUCUUCAUUUUAUUUUCUGGUUUUAUUUGAUUUUUCUUGUACAGCAAGAUAAUUGUAUAAAUAUAUAUAUGAAUAUAUUGGAUUUAACAUAUUUAACAUAUAUUGGACUACUUGCCAUCUUGAGGAGGAGGGCAGGAGAAAGGGGGGGAAAACUGGAACACAGGGUUUUGCAAGGGCUAAUGUUGCAGAAUUAUCCAUGCAUAUGUUUUGAAAAAUAAAAAGUUUUCAUUUUAAAAAAAGGAUAGGGGUACCCAUGAGUAUAUUAUAGGCAUCAGAAAAGCAGCCAGUAGAUAGAAAGAAAAAGCCCUAAAAAAUUAGUAAGAAUGAGAAAGGGGACAAUUUGCUGGAAAAGAUGGAAUGGAAAUUCAAACAAUAGUACAAAUAAGGUGCAUUUGCUUUGACAAGGAGAAGGGCCAUUUCUUCAUAUGAGACAAGAAUGAAAUGAAGGUGAAGAUAGCUAAGGAAGACGUCUCAGUAAUGUUAACUGGGGAAGAGAUAAGAGAGAACUCUUGACAAAUGCAUUCAAUUUUGGGGGUGAAGAAUAAGACAAGACUGAAGGAUAAAAAAAUUUAUAAUAGUCAUUGUGGUUUAAAAGAAUUGUUUACUGUUAAAGGUGCAUUUAUCCAAUCAAUUUAAUCUCCUCAGAAAUCACAACCUUGAGAGAUCCACAAGCCUCAGCAUGCCCAUUAGCAGGGAUUAUAGAAAUCCACCACCAAGCCUAGCCCAAUCGGCUAUGUUAAGAAUUGUACAUCUCUGACCUAAACUGGAGAAAUACAAAGAUAUAUUAUGUAUAUAUGGUCUAUGGAUCUGAAAACCUGACAUUAAAAGUAUUGACCUGCAAUAUAACAAGAGGCCAUGAGAUGGAGCUGCUAUUCCACAAAACUGUCCUUUUUAAAAAAUCUGUUUAUUACCCAAUUUAUUUCCUUUUUUCUCUUCUCUUCUUCCAUUAACUGUCAGUCACCAAAAUAAGUCAUAUUUUUUCCUACUGAAUGCAAUUUUAUGUCCCCCAAUUCUUAAUUUCUUUUAAUUAAAUGGAAUGUUUUAUGAAGCAGAGUUCAAAUCAGAGCUUUGCCAUUUUACUAGCUAUGUACCAUUUUACCUUAAAGAGAUCUCUAGCUUUUUUUCUUCACCUGUAAACUGAGGCAAGGAAACUGGAUGAUUUAUAAGAUUUCCUUCAAUUCUAAAUUUAUGACCUAUGAUACAAUAUUUUUCUCUUGAAAAUUUUUUUUACUUUUUUCUUGUGUGGCACUAUAAUGAUUUCUUUCUGUGUCACUUGGUGGUAGAAGGAGGGAAAGAAAUUCCUCUGUCUUACACACUCACACUUCCUAGUAUUUUCCCUUAGCAAUUCAGUUGGACUCUGUUUUAUUUUAUUGGGGAUGGGGGAAGGUGAAUAACAGGGAAAGGAGUAGGAGGGAAAGUGGGGAGGGAGAGCAGACAGCAGCUGCACAGUCCAGAGCUAAAUGUGGAUCUAGGGCGGGGAAAAUAUAUUUUAACAGCCCCAGCUUCUCACCAACUCCAGGCUCAGAUUUCUCUGGGCAGCUGGUUUCUUUGGCCCUACUUUGAUAAGACUUGGCGGGGGGGAGGUUGAGGAAUUUUAGGGAGGGAUUUAUCUCCUAUUGUAGUUUUUAUUUAAUCAUAGCUGCUUUCCACCCCCAAAUGGCAUUUGUAGAGAGUAGGUAGCAAUAUCCAAAGGGCCUGGGAAGUGGGAACAUAUCCAAGUAUUGCCCCAAUUCCUCAAGGGCAGGACCCUAUGCUUCAGCAAUCCCUAAGGACUGCCUGGAUAAGCAGUACUGGGGUUUCAUAUAGGAGGGGACUGGAUAUCUGACCCCCUUCCCAGUCAUGGCCACUCUCCUGAUCUCUCUAUAUGCAUAAACACACACAAACAUUCACACAAAUACACACACAAACAUACAAGUCUCUUUCUGCUCCCCUGCUCCCUCCCUCCCCCCAGAAUUAUGGUCCUGGCUAUUUUUAAAACUCUCAACUCAGUGGUCAGGCCUCCUUCCACCUCAACUCAGCCUCUCUCCCCCAUCCCCAGCUGUCCAUCCCUUUGGUUGUAUAUUCACUCCUCACCCCUCAAAUCUUUCCCAGCUCCUCGGCCUCAGAUCGUAGCUGGGCUCAGGACUGGAGCUGAGAGAACAGGGACAUGGAAAAAGAGACAUGGGACCCUUGGAUAAAGCUGACAGACAGUAGGCAACACCGGAUGGAAAACUGGAUAUUAGACUGACACUUGACCUCUAGACACAGAGUUGUUAUUCAAUGGAGAAAGCAUAAUACUAGGUUCCAAAAGAAAUUGAUCUGCAUGCUGGGUUCAAAUUAGAUUUUCCUUUGCCUGAGGUCCCUUCCAGGGGAUCCAGCCAGCAGUCGGAAGAGACCUGGGGACCAGGGGGGACCUGACUGGCUAGGGAUGAGGGAACCAAGCCAUUCCCCAAGUCCUUGGUCCCCCCGUGGCAGCUCACUAAGCACCCUCGCUCUUCUGCUGCUCUUCUGUGGACAUGCUCACUCUCAAUGCAAAAUCCUCCGCUGCAACGCUGAGUAUGUAUCAUCUACGUUGAACCUACGAAGCGGGGGCCCUUCUGGAGGGAACCGGGGAGGUGGAGCCCGGGGUCCAGGAGCGAACUCCGGUGGCCUAUGUCGCGCCCUGCGCUCCUACGCGCUCUGCACCCGGCGGACAGCGCGCACCUGCCGAGGGGACCUGGCCUUCCAUUCGGCGGUGCACGGAAUAGAAGACCUCAUGAUCCAACACAACUGCUCCCGCCAGGGUCCCACAGCCCCGCCCCCUCCGCAAGGUCCCGCCCCCCCCGGCGCCGGCCCCGCCCUUUCCUCGGGCCCCCCCGCCCCGGACCCCUGUGACUACGAAGGCCGCUUUUCUAGGCUGCAUGGCCGUCCCCCGGGCUUUCUGCACUGUGCCGCCUUCGGGGAUCCACACGUGCGCAGCUUCCACCACCACUUCCACACGUGCCGUGUCCAAGGCUCCUGGCCUCUUUUGGACAACGACUUCCUUUUCGUCCAGGCUACCAGCUACCCGGUGGCCACGGGAGCCAACGCCACCGCCACGGGGAAGCUCACCAUUAUAUUCAAGAACAUGCAAGAAUGCAUUGACCAAAAAGUCUACCAGGCUGAAGUCAACAACCUGCCUGCAGCUUUCGAAGAUGGCUCCGUCAAUGGCGGUGACCGCCCCGGAGGCUCCAGCCUGACCAUCCGAGCCGAGGCUCCCGGGAGCCGCGUGGAGAUUCGCGCUGCCUACAUCGGCACCACCAUCAUUAUUCGCCAAGCAGCGGGCCAGCUCUCCUUCUCCAUCCGGGCGGCCGAAGAGGUGGCCAGGGCCUUCUCGGCCGAGCAGGACCUGCAGCUCUGUGUCGGGGGCUGCCCGCCGAGCCAGCGCCUCUCGCGGCUCGAGCGGCAACGCAGAGGGGCUCUGACCUUUGAUACUGCGAGGCAGCUGUGCAAAGAGGGACUGCCCGUGGAAGACGCCUAUUUCCAUUCGUGCGUCUUCGACGUCCUGACCUCGGGGGACCCCAACUUCACCCUGGCUGCGCGAGCCGCGCUGGAGGACGCUCGGGCCUUUUUGUCAGAUCUCGAGAAGUUGCACCUCUUCCCCCGGGAUGCGGGCGCGCCCCUCAGACUCACCACCAACCUCGCCCUUAUCGGGGCCCUCGUUUCCUGGUGCUCCCUCUGAGCGCUCCCACAGCCGCAGCUUCGGGGGCCUCCCGCGCGCCCAUCCGGGGGACUCCUCGGUGGGAGCGCCGUGGGGAGGAGGCAGAGGAGGGCUCGAGGCUGAAAGCGUCCUGAUACUUCCUUCCAUGGACAAAAGUGGGCUAAAUCAAGGGUUGGCGUGACCACAGGAUGGGGAAAUGGGACCGGGCAUGGGCUGGGACCAGAGUCUCUCUAGUCUGCCCCUCUCCGGGAAAGCCCUUAACGAGCCUCCUAAUCUUUAUGCUAAGCUAAUUCUCCUCCUUCCGUGCUCUUUGCAAUGCUCUCAGUCAUGGAAGGUGCGAAGGCAUUUCUGAGUAAACGUAACUUAAAAUUUAGGGAUAUGUUCAUUCUACCUUUUGAACAAAAAAAGCAAUUUGGUAUUUUGAUUUUUCAUUGGUUUUCAUUGAUACUUAUACCUCUCAGUGCAAAACCCCUCCAUGCUUUUCCAUCCAGUUUAGUGUUACAUUUGCCCAUAAAUCCACUUAGAUUUAUCCAAUACACUGGCCUCUCUCUUGUCCUUUUAUUAUCACUGAAAUGCCAAUAGACUAUUAAGAUUAUCAGUCCUUCAUUCUCAAUAUAUGACACCACUUUUUUCUAGUAUUUCUUUUUUUUUUUUUUGACAUGACUUCUCUAGUGAAACUUUUUUUUUAAAGCAACAUUCUACAACAUAGGAAAUUGGAAUUAAAAAAAAAUGGAUUGAGGACCUGGCUUUGCCUCCUAAUUCUGUGACCCUAUUACGUAAGCUGCAAGUUCUUUAAGUGACAUUUUCCCUAUCUAUAAAACAGAAAUAUUCACAACUUAAUAAACUGAAAUGAUAUUUAAAUGUGGGCUAUCAUUAUUUAGACCUCUCCCCUCCUUGUGUCUUUUCAUUGCUCUGGUAACUCUGUUUAUCUCUAAGUUUAAUUCUUCUGAGAUCAUGAACUUCCUUGAUUAGAGGCCAUAUUAGUGUCUCAAGGAAAAUGAAUACUGUUGUUUUAAAAGAUAGAUGUUUUUAAUACUGAGCACUUUGGGAUCACUGAAAUCACUGCACAACCCACAAAAUGGAAAAAAGAUCCAAUGCUUUUCAUUUACUGUUUUCCUUUUCAGAACAAGUUCAUCUGUCAGGAAGAGGAUUAUAAGCAUCAUGAGAUCUGGAACCAUUUUACUUUUUGUCUUUGUGUCCUCUGUGCCCAGCCUAAAUUAAGGGUUUAAUAAAUGUUUAUUGAAUUGAA